AUGAGUCUUAAAGACAUAUCAAACCUUGACACUGAUGACCUCGGUGACCUCAGUGCCUACCUCAGGAAGGAAACGUCCAAGGGGAAAAGGAAACGGGCAAGAACUGCAGAGGAUGCUGGGAAACCUACACGCAGUGUGGAGGAGCAAGAGUUGGCAAAACAGUUGAAGUCUCAGCUGGUUUUGGGCAUCAACGAGGUCACCAAGGCGCUGGAGAAGGACCGGUUACGACUGGUUCUGGUGUGCCGGUCCGUCAAGCCGGCCCUGAUGACUCAACACCUGGUCCUGCUGAGUGCCGUCCGUCGCGUCCCAGCUCUGUGCCUGUCCGGGCUUAGCGAAACGGUCGCCCCCAUUCUCAACUUCAGAACUGUCGCUGCUAUGGGCUUCAAGAAAACAUCACCAAAAGAUGACAAAACUUUUGAUCCACUGGUCGAGUUUGUGACAUCACGGACACCACCCAUCAAAAUCCCCUGGCUGAAGUUACCUGGAGGAAAAGAGGAGGAGGAUUCAAGCAAAGAAGAGGAGGAGAAUGAAACAGGAAGUUCAGAUGAAGAAGACACAGGUAGUAAGAAUGGUACAAGCAGUUGUGACAUGCAGAAAUCUGCCAUCAAAGUCCUUGAAGACACUUCCAAAGGUGAAGAUUUCAUUCCAUUGAUGUCAGAGGAAGACCAGACUCAAAAUGAAGAAGCUGAAACAGAAGCUAAAGAGCCAGCAAAGAAAUCUGAAAAGAAAGCCAAGAGGAAGAAAAGGAAGAGGAAAGCAGAAGUGGCAGAAGAAGAUGGGGAGGAGGCUGGCCUCCAGGCUUUGUGUGUGAAAAGAACACAAUCUGUGCAAGAGAAGGAAUCCUACAAGAGGAAGAUGGUUUUCAAAAAGAAGAAGAAGACCGUGAUGGCAAAUUUUCUAGGAAAAUCAAAUUAGCCAUGUCCUGGAAUUAUAAGUACAUGUGUAUGUUCCAAUUUAAGACAAGUGUACAAGGGGAAGGGCAAUUUGAACUUGGAUAUGUCUCUCCCAUGUGACCUUAUUAGAUGGAUAACAGGGUUCUUUAUGCACAGGAUCUACAUACAAUCAACAACCAAAAUUUUGGUGACCGUCUGUCACCCUCCUCAGUCCAGUCAGAGUUGCCCUGAAGAAAGGACCCUAAGAUGGUCACCAAAGCAUUGCAUGAAGGUUUAAGAUAUUAAGAUAUGCCAAAAAGCAGUUACUUAUAGGCAAGUGGAUAUGAUUAUGGAAACAGAAACAGUCAUGGUGACUGUUUCCAAAAUCAUAUCCAGUUGCUUCUUUUUGGCGUACUGUAGCUGUGAAAUGAAAAAAAACAACACCUUGUUAUCCAGGGCUUUUUCAACCUAAUGAAAUUAUUCUCGGACCAUAUUCGAUGUUUGGCAUUAUUUUGACAUUGCGAAUGAAUUUGGUUAUAUAUAUAAUUUGGUUUGCUUAAGUCUGAUUUCGUGUCUCCGAAUUCAGGCACAUUUAUAUCUGGUAACAGAUUGUUUUGGGGUGAUGUGUUUUAAAACGCUUUGACAAGAAAGCAUAAAUGAAAUUCUCCGCAAGUGACCUCUCCAAGGAACAAAUGAAAUGCCUUGUGAUAUGUCUGGAACAAUCUUGGAAUUGGAUUUACCUCGUACUUCCUUUAAUUGCGUCUUUCACAUCUGCUGUAGAUAAGGCUAACAUGAUUAAUGACAUACCUUUAAUGAAACGUCUUUUUUUGCGUGGUAAGUACAUGUAUGUAUUGUGUUAUGUCUAUACUUUAUAUGAUUACUGUAGUCUGCUUGCUUCCAGGUAAUGCAGGUAUUAUUGCAUGAAUGUGUAACAGGUAGCUUUUGCUAAACACAAAAUAAUGAUUGUCUGCAAAUUAGCGAUAAACAACCUGUGAGACAUUAAAUAUAAUCAUAUGAAGUUGGCAGGCAGCUAAUGUCUUAAUAUGUUAAGAGCUGCUUUGUGCAAACUGGCAUAUUAAUAUUUUCUUCUGUUCAAAAAGCAAUCAAAUAAAUGAGAUGAUAUACUGUAUCACUCAGUAGUAGUUUGUAUUAAAAAAAACAUCAUGAAUGAGUGAAUCCCAUAGAAACCUGUUGCAACAAUGAGAGAACAUGAGAAUGAACAUCACAUAUGAUGUAUUAGUUACAAAUAAACAGCAACCUUCGAAAGUA